AUGGCUGACCGAGAGAAACGCCAUGCAGCACAAUAUCGAGUUGUACAGAAACAUUUUGGAGACAACGUCGCCACGGGCAAUCUUUCCGGUCUUCAAUCAUGGCAUGAGGACUACCAAGCAGCUGACAAAUUCCUGACAUUGGAAUCGGACAUUGUUCAGAGCGUUAAAUCUGAUAAACUAGAUGCGCACACUAUCGAGAAAUGUAUCACCGAACUGGCCAAUGGAACCCAGGUCGACGAGAGAUUCUGCGCCGACUGUCAGAAUCUCUUCGACGACUGGCCAGACCUCAGCGACCCUAAUGUCAAGGAUCCUUCGACAGGGCUGAUUUGGCCCGGCUCAGGCGCGGACUGGAAACACACUGUGGCGCGUAGCCUCCAGACACUUGUCAUGGAAGCCGCGGCACAGCAAGGAUGUAAAUUCUGCGCCUUUUUGUUGCAGAUGCUGCGGGACGCUGAAGCUCUGGUCACGUUUCGUAAACUAGAAUUGAGACUUCUUGCUCUAGGAGAUGCAGAGACGGCUUCUCUGUCAGUGCAGAAUUGGGGCACGAACUCUUCCCAACUAUUGUGGAUCAACUUACCCGGCAAGGUCACCCUCAGCCACUGCUGGGGCACUGAACCCUUCCUUCAGCUAACGGAGCAAAAUCUUGAUACAUUUGUGGAGCACAUCCCUCUCUCUCUCCUGCCACAAACUUUUAAAGAUGCAAUUCAAAUCACCCGCGAGCUCGGUCUUUCAUACAUUUGGAUCGAUUCACUAUGCAUCAAGCAAAGCGAUACUGCUGACUGGGUUCGCGAGGCUGGCUCCAUGAGCUUUGUGUACGGCAACUCCUUUGUCAACAUCGCCGCGUCAUCAUCUCCCUCCGUACAUGGCGGCUGCUUCGUCCGGCCCAAGUCUCUUGUGGACGGUGUCCGCGCUGUUGUCAAAAUACACCCCUCGUCUUCUACCCUUGUCCGCGAAUUCCGGAGUAGAGAGGUCUAUGACUUGAACACGACAAAAUCACACCUUGCGACACGCGCAUGGGCUCUCCAAGAACGUAUCCUCCCGCCACGAACGAUUCAUUUUGGUCAUCGCGGCGCCUUUUGGGAGUGUCGCGCGGAGACCGCAAACGAAUUCCUGCCUAGUGGCUUCCCAAAGCAACUCGGCAGGGGUAUCGUCAAUGAGCGAAUCCGCAUAGGCCACUUCGCCUCGUGGUGGAGUGACGUUGUAGCGUUGUAUUCUGCCGCGAACAUGACAUAUCCGAGUGACAAGCUGCCUGCGCUGUCCGGCAUCGCGCGUAGAAAUCACGAUGAGCGUGGUGGAGCCUAUGUUGCGGGCAUGUGGCUUGAUGAAGAUAUGCUCGUGCAGUUGUGCUGGCGUGCGAUUGAACCACGCGUACGCCCUGUUCAGCGAGCCCCCAGCUGGGCCUGGACAAGUGUCGAUGGGCAAGUCAGAUAUCAAGUGCGCCAGGAAGGGAUUAUGGAAACAAACUACGGGCGAGUAUUGGAUGCGAAGAUGGACUUGCUUGGUACCGAUCCACUCGGUCAAGUUCGUGGAGGUGAAUUGAGGCUGGCGUGUCAGGGCAUUCUUGAGGCGACCAGAGUUGGCCCAACGACGUUGGCUAUGGGAGAAACGAAUUAUCCGUUUCGGCCAGACUACGUUGUCCCUGAGCCGACGAGCUUUCAGAGAGAGAAGGUAUAUCUGCUGCCCCUUGUUGCUGGGCGCACAGGUAUGGCAGUAUACCGGAAGGACGACUACAACGAACGAGUACAAGAGAUCCGAGUGGAUGGACUCGUCUUAAGAAUGGAGGAGAUGGGCAGCAAAGCUUCUUUCGAACGUGUUGGUAUGUUCCGAUACUUCAAGGACCAGGUGCAUGAUCACGAUGACGGGAAGGAAGAGAGAUUCGAGUCGUUUGUAGCAGAGUUUGAAAGAGAAGCAUUGCAAGUAGUAGUGCGUCUUGCUUUGGAGAAUUUUGAGAAGACAGACCUGUUCAUCAUCUCGCUAGUCUAG